ACGAAUAACAACAAUUAACAAUCAUAUCUAGAAACCGCCAUUUUCUCUCAAUUUCUGUCCAUUUUCCCGGAUGCCAAACACUCCACCACGAUGUCGGGUGCGUGGGAAGACAAUCACAAUGAUACCGACUCCGAUCAUCAUUCCCACAUCAAUUUCGAUUUCUUCUCCGCCAUUGUUAAGCCGAAGGAUUAUUACAAAAUUUUGGAGGUCGGUUACGACGCUACGGACGAUGAAAUUCGUUCCAAUUACAUACGCCUGGCUCUGAAAUGGCAUCCUGACAAGAAGAAAGACCACGACGGUGCCACUUCCAGAUUUCAGGAAAUAAACGAGGCAUAUGAAGUUUUAAGCGAUCCUUGUAGGAGGCAGGAAUACGACGAGAAGGGAAUGCUUUAUGUAAACGAUGAUAACAUAGUGGAUUAUCUCAAGCGAUACAAAGGCCUUAUUUUGACCUGUAAUGGCCUUGGUAUGAAGCAUUCUAUUUGGUGAAACUGAAAUUCCCACAAAUGCGAAAAAAAAAAAGGUCUUUCUUAGUAGAUUUAGGAUCCUCUUUGGCCCAGUUUUCACUUAUUAGUGAAGAAUGAAAGAGCAGUUAGGAUUAUUGCAUUUUGACAUCUUUCUUUCUCAUAAUGUACAAACACGCUUACUUUUAGCUUAGAGGAGGUGACAGUAGAGAAUAUGAGUUUUAUGAUUCGGUGAAGGGUUUUUGUUUCAUUCGAUCAAACGUUUGUCUGCAAUGAUUUUUCAAGUGUUUAAAAC